CGCGCUUGUUGCGAACAAAGUAAACACAGACUUCCGCGGAAGUGUUUCGCAAAUAAUAUUCUUGUUUUCUGCGUGAUUUUUUCGUUGAUUUGAAAGUUUUCAAAUUUUAUUCGACAAUAAUUCGGUAGUUUUGUGCGUGAUUUCUAUAAGUUUAAGUUUUAUCGACAGUAUUACAGUGUUACUACGCUUUUUCGGUGGUAACUGCUGAAUGUGAGCGUAAUUUGAUUCUGAAUUCUGCAUCCCAAAGAAGGCACCCGGCUUCCGACGACGGCCCAUCCGAAAAUACCACCGAAGCGCGCUGAUGGCAGACUCCCUGAAAGGAAAGAUUAAAUCCGUCGCAGUCAAGGAUUUCGUGACUUACGACGUCGUGAUAUUCUAUCCGGAUGAGCACCUGAACAUCAUAAUCGGUCCCAAUGGAACGGGCAAAUCCACUAUCGUGGCCGCGAUUGUCCUGGGGAUGGGAGGCAACUGCAAGCUGCUGUCUCGUUCCGGGAAUAUCGAAGAUUACAUCAAAAACGGUAAGGAAGUAGCCAAGAUAGAGGUGGCCCUGUACAAAAACUCCCGUGGGGACGUAAUGAGCUUCAAUCGAACGUUCAACCGGAGCGGAAUGGAUCGGUUCGAAGUGGACGGUACCAAAGUGUCGCACAAGGAGUUCCUCAAGCGGGUCAAAGAACUCAACAUCCAAAUCGAUAACCUGUGCCAGUUCUUGCCGCAAGACCGCGUUCAGGAUUUUACCAAAAUGAACUCCCGGGAGCUGUUGAUGAAUACGCAGGCUUCCGUUUGCCGGCCGGAGAUGACAGAGCUGAUGGAUCAGCUGCUGGAAAAGCGAAACCAGCAGAAGGCGGUUGCCAAGUCCAGUUCGGACAAUUUGACCAAACUGCGGGAAGCCGAGGCGAAAAACGAGGAACUGCGCGUUCAGAUUGAGAACAUGAAGGUCCGGAAGCAGUACGAGAAGGAGGUGGAGGUUUGCAAUGCGCGUAAGGCGUGGCUGGAGUAUGAGCAAAUUUUCCUCGAUUUCAACUCUACGAAGGACGAUCUGCAGCUGGCGAAAACGAACAUGAAUGAGAAACAAAAACGGCUCGAUCCGCUCAAAUCCAAAGCGGCCAAACUGGACAAAGUCAAAGGAGAGCUUAACGAUAAGAUUAAGUCCGAGCAGACGGAGAUUCAGAAACAUGCCGGUCAGCUGCGACAGAUGGAAACAAGAACUGAACAGCUGGAGGAUUCCAUCAUGAAGGCGAAACGCGACCUUCAGGAUUCCAUUGCGCAGGCAGCCGAUCGGGAAAAUCAGUUGGCGCAAGCCAAAGAAACCCUCUCGAUUUUGGUUCAGGAUUGUAAGAACGCCAUGGAAGAACUUGGCUCCGAGCCGGUACAGGAACAGAAAAAGCGUGAACUGAACGGAAAAAUUGAUAAACUCAAGCGAGAGUCUGAUCUGCUGAUCAGUAGACGCAAUGAUUUGAACAUGAAAAUCGACACCGAGCUCAAGCCGGAGAUGGUGAGCAUCCAGAGGCGGAUCGAAACCCUGGAAAACGUCGGACAAGUCAAGAUGCGGCUGCUGCAGUCGCAGUUCGAAAGUGCCUACCACGCAACUCUGUGGUUGCGCGACAACCAGCAUCUAUUCCGGGGGAAAAUCUACGAACCGAUGAUCCUGGAACUGAACGUGCCAAAUAGCGAAAAUGCCAAGUAUUUGGAAAACACCAUCGCCAAGCGGGAUCUGAUUGCGUUCACCUGUGAGGAUCGGGACGAUAUGGCUCUGUUUUUGCGCAAAGUGCGCCAAGAGAUGAAGCUGGAAGGGGUUAAUGUGGUGUUUUCGGAGCCCUCGGAUAGACUGAUGUAUCAAUCCCGAUUACCGAUUCAAAAUUUAGAGCGCUACGGUUUCCAUUCCUACCUAAUAGACAUGGUCGAGGCACCUUUCCCGAUUCUGAACUAUCUGUGUAAAUCGUUCCAACUGCACAACGUCCCCGUUGGUGCCAACGACUCCACCAAGUACGCCUCCCAAAUGCCGGACGAAAUCCGGUUGUUUUUUACUCCGUCGCAUCGGUUCUCCGUGAUCAAAUCACGCUACACCGGGGAGAAAAGUUCCCGAUCGGAUGAGAUUCACUCCCACAAUCUGCUGAACAAGAACGUCGAUCCGGCAAUGCUGGAGGAACGCAAACGGGCCCUCCAACGUCUGGUGAAAGAAUGCGACAAGAUUCGGAACCACCGGAAUGAGGUUGAAGCUGACAUUACGAGAUUGCAGGGACAGUCCUCGGAGCUGACCAAGCUGCGUAGGGAGGUCGAGGAAAAGUUUUCCCGGUAUCAGAAUUGUAAGCUCAAAACCAAACGGCAAGAGCAGAAGUGUACGGAUUUGGCUAAGCGACAGGUGGACAUCAGCGCAGAAAAGGCUAAAUUCAAGCAGUUCUGUGCGAAAACGAUUUCCGAUAUUCUAAAGUUGCAGGGUAAAAAGGUCGACGAGUUGGAUUUGUACGUGGACGCAACGGUCAAACAUGAGGCGUACAAGCAAAAACUGACGAUAUUCUUGAACAAAAACGCCGACCUAGAGGGAGAAAUCCGUUCGGCAGAAGAUGCGGUCGAUUCUGCUAAGCAAAGUUACGAGUCGGUUCAGAGGCGCUAUGAAGAGAUUAAGGAAAAGGUGAAACGAAAACUGACCUUUGCGAAGGGACUGACUAACAACACAACACCUCAGAAUGAGAACUUCCUUUAUAAGAAAGAAUUUCGGAAAUUGCCUACUUCACUGGAAGACCUGGUCAAUCACAUGGAAGAGAUUCAGGCACGUAUCGAGUGUAUGUCCCGAGACAAUGGAAACAUCUUGGAGGAGUACGAAGCUCGGUGUCGACAGAUAGAAACGCUGAGGGAAGCAAUCGGUGACUCAACAAAGAGCACAGAUGCUUUGGAAGCUGAACUGCAGAAGCUACAUGAUCGUUGGUAUCCGGAAAUUAGCCGGGUGGUGGACAUUAUCAAUGGGAAUUUUUCGCGGUUCAUGAGCAGUAUGGGUUUCGCUGGCGAGGUAGAAAUCGUCACAAAAGGAGAGCGUGAUUACGACGAAUACGGCAUCCAGAUCCGCGUCAAGUAUCGCAACACGGAAAAACUCCAGGCACUCGACCGGCACGUGCAAUCGGGUGGCGAGCGGGCCGUUGCCAUCGCCACCUACACCCUGUCGCUGCAGCACAUCACGCAUGUGCCAUUCCGCUGCGUGGACGAAAUCAACCAGGGCAUGGACCCGCGCAACGAGCGCAAGGUGUUCGAAAUGUUGGUCGAUGAAACAUGCCGCUCCGGCCAGUCGCAGUACUUUUUCGUAACUCCCAAGCUUCUACCGAACCUGAAGCACAAUGAUCUGAUGAGUGUAUUCAUCGUUCACAACGGGAAGUUUAUUACGGAUUCUCACGUGUUCGUUCGUGACCAGCUACAGGAAUGUUAGAGAUGUUAAAAAAAAUGACGAGCAUCUCCACUGGGUGAUUGAAUUCCUUCCUACCCUACUUAGUCAAAGUCGUACAAACGUUAAGUAUUUUUCAUGUUAUCUUUUAACUUCUAUUUCCUGUUUAGACCUGACUAGAGUGCAACUUUGUUUUUCAUUCCAUCAGCGUAUUAAUCGAUGCGCUUGUUUCUAUGUAAGAUCAUCAUCACAAAAGCCAAAAAAAUUAAAACUUCACUACGUGAAAUUAUUAUA